AUGUAUAACGCUGCAGCUGCAGGCCCUACAGCUGCGUCGCUCAUGUGGGACGCAGCGUCUACAUCUGCAGCGCUGGCGCACCACUACCCUGCUGCCCACGACGCCUUCGCCGCUGCUGCUGCUGCCCUGCCACUGCACGACCUCUGGCAGGCACAUAACCCCUUCAGGGGGCCGUGUGUCGUGGCACACAGGUACAGCAGCAACAGCGGAGGCUCAGGCCUGGCAAGCAGCAGCAGCAGCAGUAGCGGCAGCACCGCCGCGGGGGGAGGAGUCAAGAAGGUGCGCAGGCGGGUGCCCACAAUUGCACAGCGACGCGCCGCCAACAUCAGAGAGCGCCGUAGGAUGUUCAGUCUCAACGAAAGUUUCGAUCAGUUGCGCAGGAAGGUGCCAACUUUCGCAUACGAGAAGCGCUUGUCCCGCAUCGAGACCCUGAGGCUGGCCAUCACUUACAUCUCCUUCAUGACAGAGUUGCUUGCUAGUGAAGAGGCAGCAUCGGUCAUUAGCACCACCACUGCACCAUUACCUUCCCGCAGCAACAACAGCAGCACUAGCGGCAUCAGCAGCCCAGAUAACAUCAACUGCUUCAGUAACGUCAACAGCAAUAAUAAUAACAUUUCCAGCAGCAAGAGUAACAACAGUAUUGGUAGAGGUACACCUUGUAGUGGAACACCAGCAAUAUCUUCUUCUUCUAUAAGCAGCAGUACAGAAAAUAAUGAGAACGAUGCAGUGGCAGGACAGGUACGGAACUACACAGAUUUGAACUGCCACAAUAAACGCAGUACCCACGUUAACUUCAUUUAAGUUCUCACGCAACCUUCUCCUCAUUAGAAACUUCAUAUUACAAAAAUACCUUAAUUUUCACCUUAUUUAUUAUGAAAAUCUAAAUACUCGACUAUCAUGUAUUGUACUUGUAUUAAUUGUAAUAGGGGCAAUAUUUUUGUCCCAGCAGAACAACAUUUUCCAAAAAUAUCUCCAAAUAUAUUGCUGGUUUAGGCUUGUUUGAGUGGUCUUGUGACUGGUAAAUUUGCGUGUUACAAAUGUGUUUUAAUGCAUAUACAUAUUAAUUGUGUAUAAAUUUCAAUGAUAUAUAUGUACCAUACAAUUUUGUAGGGUAAAGAAAUAGAGUUAAGAGAAGGGACCUGCAUAUCAAUUUGUGUCUUCCGAUUUCAAUUGUAAACAUAAGUAAGUUAGUUUGGAGAACACUCUUCAUUAAUUCUGUAAUUUCUAGUCAACAUAGUCCAAAUAUAGUAGAGAUAAGCUCUUAUGAUAUAGUAUGAUAAGCUCUUAUUUACUGUACAUUCUAAUGCUGUAAGCUUCCAGUAAACCUAUUAAUAACUUCAAAUUAGAGUUAAUGUAUUUUAAU